UACCUCAGUCUGAGCCGGGCGGCUGCAGGAGUGAGCAUCGUGCUUCCUUGUCUGUCACCUCGAAGGCUCUGCCCCGGAGCUCGCAUUGGACAGGACGCGGAGGACUGUGUGCUGAGCCCGCGCUGCUUGUUGUGUAGCAGCUGGAGAUUACUGCGGUGUGGAGGGCGGCAUGGAGCCGUGACCGGGGCUAGGGGAUUACAAUUCAGCGCUCCGACUCUAGGGGAUGGGAAGCCUGGAUACCUGACGGAGCUGUGGGCGGGUUCUGAGAUUGGACGGGAAAAGUUCGGAUUGUCCGCGACUGGCACGGUGACCCCAGCCGGGAGUUGGGAUGGAGGGUCUCCGGCGGCUGCUCGGGCUCCUGCUCGCUCUGUGGCGGGUGUGCGCGGUGCUCGGCAAGAACCUGGAGGCGGUGACCUGGAACUCGCAAAACUCGCGGUUUCUACCUGGAAAAGGCUUGAUUUUAUACCCAGAGAUUGGUGACCGUUUGGACAUUAUUUGCCCCAAGGGGGAGCCAUCACAGCCUUAUGAACAUUAUAAAUUGUACAUGGUGCGCAAGGAUCAGGCAGAGUCAUGCAGUACAGUUAUGGAUCCCAAUGUCUUGGUCACCUGCAACCAACCUGAGAAGGAAUUUCGUUUCACCAUCAAGUUCCAGGAAUUUAGUCCAAACUACAUGGGCCUAGAGUUCCGAAAAAACCAGGACUAUUACAUUACAUCUACUUCCAAUGGAACGCUACAGGGUCUUGAGAAUCGGGAAGGAGGGGUAUGCCAUUCACGAUCCAUGAAGAUCAUCAUGAAAGUCGGACAAGAUCCAAAUGCAGUAUUACCAGAGCAUGUCACCACUAGCCGGCCAGGCAAAGAAGUGGAUAAUACUGGGAAGAUGGCAACACCUGGACCAUGGAACAAUGGAUUUGAGGGAGAAGACCAUGGGAAGCCAGAUACUGUGAACCAGGCGGAUAGACCUUCCUCUGGAGGCGGUGUUGAUAACUUCUUCAGUUCUAAAGUGGCUGUAUUUGCCGCCAUUGGCGCGGGAUGCGUCAUUUUUAUUCUCAUCAUCAUCUUCCUAGUAGUUUUGCUUAUCAAGAUCCGAAAACGGCACCGCAAACACACUCAGCAACGGGCAGCUGCCCUAUCUCUUAGCACAUUGGCUAGCCCUAAAUGCAGUGGAAAUUCUGGCACUGAGCCAAGUGACAUCAUCAUCCCUCUGCGGACUACAGAGAACAAUUACUGCCCACACUAUGAGAAGGUGAGCGGGGAUUAUGGACACCCUGUGUACAUUGUACAAGAGAUGCCACCUCAAAGCCCCGCAAACAUCUAUUACAAGGUCUGAGAAGAACUGUGACAACUCAUCCUGCGCCCCAUCAGUGGGAUGGCCAAUCCAAGCACCAGGAGCACAGGCCAAAGGUCACUCUGCAUUACAGGACUCUGGGAGACGGAGCAAUAAGACUAACUUUCCCUAUGUUAGGUAUUUUUAUAUAGUUUGCCCCAUUGUUCUGCUCCCUUUCCUGUCCAGGGGAGGGUGGUUUGGAUAUGCUCCUGUCUGCACUUUGCACACCUGCCGUGGUUAACCCUUACUUGACAAGCAAGGGCAGUCUGAACUGUCUUCCACGAUUCAUGUUGUGGAGGCACAAUGAUGCAGGUAGUAUUGAUGGCUGUGACUUCAGUAUUCAGCAAAGCAGUGGCCCAUGUCAUGGUAGCAGAGGGGUUGACAUACGCUUAGUAAACUUUGUAAAAUUGCGCUGGAAGCCCUGAUGUUACAUCUACUGUACCCGGUUGUGAAUGACAAGCUUUUAAUGGCAUAGUAGGGCACAGUGAUGGGAAGCCCCACCAGGGCCCUGUCUGUGUUCUGUUCCUGAGUGGUAUAAUUUUGUGUGUCUGACUCUUUUCCAGUUUAAACCCACCCUGGCUUACUUGACUAAGCCCUCGGUGGGUUGUAACCAUUCAGCCACGCAUGCACACACUACCUGCACACUGGUACACACAAAGCAAGCUACCUGUGAACACAUAUAUGCACUUAAUUGCACACUCCUUUCAGUUGGUUGCAUCACCAAUACCGCCCACUGGUCUCAUUACAAUGAAAUUACUGACGACAUGGAUGCAAUGAUUACAGCUUGUACGUGCUGGAUCCAGUUUUGUGGCAAUCACCUGACUGCACAAAGAAAUAUUCAGGAUAAUGACUGACCUAUACGAGUGAACUAUGCCCAAUGUAAAUGAAAUCUUAUUUUUUCUAAGGGAACUUGGUCCCAUAUGUUCUCAGUGAGUAGAAGUAACAUUCAUGCCCUAUAUCAAUGUGGCUGUAAGUGACCAGGGAGGGUUCUGUUCUCAGUUGUUACAUUGGUUCUACUCCCCUGAUUUGGCAAUUUGCUACCUGAUUACUGGUGACCUUUUUGUCAUUAUUUACCCGCUGGAGUUAAUGCCACCCAUAGUGCGGCAGUAUUAUGUUCACUCAGGAACUUGCAUGUUGCUGUAGCAUCAGUUGAGGGUGUAGAUGCUCAUACCGUGGUCACCCAGAGUUCCUCCAGUAGGCUCUAAUAGAUAAUUUAUAUUUGCAUCUGUGCCGCAGACUCGUAUGGUUUUCAUCUGAAUAGUGCAGUACAAAUGACUCAGUCUACAAAAAUGUAAUUCACAUUGGUGAAAAAGCUAGUGUGGUCCUCGAGUCUGGGACACGUGUGGUAGCUGCAGUCUUGACGACAUUUCUGCUUUAUGCACCUUUGUGUGAUGAUUAAUUGCAGACUGAGUUCAGCCUUCCACCAGUGACCGUGCCACCCGGCUACAUGGCGCUGAUGGUGACAUUGGGGUUAUGGUCUGGGGUAGGACUUGGAAGGGUUCUCCUAUUAGGGCAGUUACACUAUUUCGGACCACAGUAAGCAGACCGUGUGGGGUGCACACUCCUGUGCUGUGGUCCUGAUAUUGAUAUUUAUUACAGCCUUUGGGAGGGCGCACUCUGUGGAGGCCAACUACCCUCCUGCCGUAUGGAAUAUACGCCACAAAUACAAAUCUAUGGGGACCACCACUUACCUAGAAGUAUUUAUGCAAAUAUCCAGUCAUUCACAUAACACACGUUUCUCCUGCCCUCGGCUUACUCUUUCUGGUAUCGGCCGCGUAGUUUUGCUAAUGGCUGUCCUGCACUUCUUCACCCCUCGUGUCACUUCUAUCUCUGGAUCUAGCAUUGUUCUUUCACCACUUUCCCACCUCGUAUCUUCUCUCCACAUCCACCACCUUUCUCAUUUUUUUUCUUUUUUUUUUUUCUUCUAGAACUUUUCUCUCCAUCAGAUGCUUCUCCUCCUUUUUUUGCAUGUCUAAUAUUCUUAGCAUAUUUGGCUGACACGAAGAAUUCUUGUAACAAGGUGGAUACAACUGCCUUUUUCCUUGACAUGUCUUGGUGUGUUAUUUUUUUUUUUUUACUAUUUGCAGACCUUUUACAUACACUCUUGUAUACUGACACUUGCAUAUACUUGUUCGCUCCUCCGCACUGAACACACCCUGUUGUAAAUCCUGUCAUGGAAGGGUUUCCUACACGCUUGCCUGAGCGCAGCAGUCGAGUCAGGACAUGUGCUGCAUGUCUUACUUCCCUCUGCUGCUUUCUGGCAUGUAGGAUCCAACCACAUUGGAGUGUGUACAUAAUUCUAUACACGAGUCUCCGUGCCAGAUACUUAUACCCUCGUUCACUCCAGGGACAUCUGGACCAUCCACCUCAGGUGGUUGUUUCUUUCCCUUGGUCUUCUGAUGUCAGACAUUCACCCCCCAAGGUACAGAGCAGGACCUAUGAAUUGUGAGGCCCUGCAUGGAGUGCAGGGUUUGCCGUGUACCUCUUGCCAUAACUACCUGCCUUGCUAGUGGCGCCUCCAGCACAUUUCCAUAUACCCCCCGGGGCAGUGCCCUGUUUUACAUUCUAUGCAGAGUAGGAUCUGGUGUCCCUUUUGUAUUGAGGCAGAUUAAGGGCUUGUGUGCUGUAAGGCGGCAGCUGUCUGUCUGCUGGAGAGGGGCUCUGAGACACUCCGUCUCUAGGGACAAGGCCUUAAAAUAGAAUCUCAAAAGCACCACGCGCUCAGCCCUCCACCUCAUGUUUGCAUUUGGCACCGUUCAGUUUCAAUGUUAAUAUUUUCUUUUUAAAUUUUUCUUCCGAGUUGGACCUGCUUUUUUUUUGUUUUGUUGUUUUUCGGAGCAGGCCAAAGGUGCGAAUUGCUUUUAAGCACAUGACAUAAGUACUUCUGUAAAGUUCGGCUCUCUUCCCUACUUUAUUUUAUGGUUUCUGUACAUACGCAAUCCCCUGUCAUUAUUCCUAUUUUAUAAUGUUUUGCCGAUUUUGCUCCUGCACAUUAUCUUAGGUUAGGAGCGGUUCAGAUUCUGAAAUAUAUAGAAAAUGUCCUACCAGUCGCCCUUUUACAAACCACUUCAUUGUCUGGACUUCUCAGAUCUGCAGCAAUGUGUUUUUUCUUUCAUCUUACAUGAGCCCCAUUCCUUCUCCUCACGCUCUAAACACCAUGUACAUAUGUGAAAAGAAAAGGUGAAAUUAAAAUUUAUUAGCACCUUUUUUUUUUUUUUUUUUUUUUAAAUUUUCCAGAUGGAUUUUCCUCCUGUACCUUAAGAGAUUAACUUUGAUAUUUUUUGUAAAUUAAUGUGUUUUUGAGACAAAUACUGUAAAGCUGUUUUUGUAUAAACUCCAAAUUUAUUUUCAUUUUGUUUUCUUAGUAAGAAAAAAAGUUUUUUGGAAACCUAAAUCCAAUUGCAUAUCUAUUCAUAUCAUGAAAGCAUCCACGAGUCACCCCGACAAUGUAUUCAUAGGAUAAGAAGCCUCUUUGGUAGUAAUUCUUCAGACUGUUCUUAAUAAUAGCAGAGGAAAUCCACCCAAAUGUAGCUGUCAAAGUCUCAAACUGGUCUUGUUAACCCUUACAUCAAUGGUAAUUCUGGCUGACCACCCACUGAAGACUACAGCUUGGGGCUCCAGUUGUGUGUGGAAAAUAUGCAUUUUACAGUGGCAGCAACGUGGAUUAGAUUCUAAGAACACCUCAUCCACGUGCUGUGAGACUUCUGCAGCAAAAUCCGCACACAACUUUGCCCUGCAGAUUUAACCCCCGCAGCAUGUGCAUUUAUGCUGCGGAUUUCACCAAUGUGGCAAACCCUCAGUGUUUGUGCUAUGAAUUACCCAACUUAAAGGGGUUAUCCUGGAAAAGAUAAAGAUGUAUCUUCAAGAUGGGUCAUCAUUAUCACAUUAGUGGGGGUCCAAGUCCCAGCACCGUGCUGAUCAGCUGUUUCAGGCAGUUGCUGCGCUCACUGGAGCUCCGGUGAUUAAUACAGGCUCCUGGAAGCUUUCCAAGGACAGCGCCGUACAUCCUAUAGUGGCAGUGUUUGGUAUUGCAGCUGUGCCCCAUUGACUAGAAUGGGGCUGAGCUGCAACUAGGCCAUGUGACCGAUGUAUGGUGAUGUCACAUGGCCUAGGAAGAGGCUCAGUCUGCCCUUUUCUAAUAGCAGCUGAUCAGCGGGGGUCGCACCUCUGCAGAUCUAAUAUUGAUGACCUAUCCUAGUGAUAAGUUAUAAAUAUCCUUUUCUGGAUAACCCCUUUAAUGGCGCAGAUUCUGCUGCUGCAGAGAAUCCACAGCCGACCCAUCAGAUGUGCAAGCACCCUAAAGGGUUAACUUUGUUUUCAAUGACAAUAAUGUACUGAAUCCAAAACCUGCAAGACCCUGGGAGUCAUUUACAAAGGAUCAGUAUUGUACAACCUUGGGCUCUUGCACUUUGUUAUUUUGAAGGACCUCUACCUCAUAUGGGGCAGA